UUAUGCAUCUUUUUUUUUUGCUUAGUCCAACAAUUAGAUUUCUUCCCUUUUAUAAUACAUACGCUCUCCUUUUUAAGCCCUGAACUCUGUAUCUUUUAAGGUACCCAAAUAGGUGAGAAAGGGGGACUGUAGGAAAGUGUAAACAAGCAAAAGACCCUCUCUGUGGACCCCAGGAUUCACCCUGAAAAAGAAAACAAUGCCUUUUGCAGUGCUGGGUCAGCAUAUGGCAGCUUCCAGAAGCGUGAAACAAUUUUUCAAAUUUGUCUUCUGAGCUCUUUCUUCUACCUUCAAAGUGACCUGUACUUGUCAGAUCCCUGAGGCAGGCAGUGCUGUCAAGUGCAGGGACAGCUGUACAAUGCUAAUGAGCCUUCCGAAAAAGGUCUACUUGUCUGAGGCAGCUGUGGGCCCAGCAGCAGGAGCAGCCUUAUCAGCCCUGAUGUGUUUGUUCACAAGGCCACUUCUCCCAGAGUCUGGCUGCUUGCUUUUGUAGGAAAGCAGUGACUAAUAGUUCCCUCAGAAUGCAACUGAUUAGCUCCCCUACUCCCCUCUGGAUUAUAAAAGGCUUGGGCUCUAAUAUGAAAUUUGCUGCAUGUAUUACAAGUUGCUAGGAUUUUGUACAGUUGCUCAAUUAAUUAUUUAAUAUUCUGAGUGCCUAAUGAAUGGUUGGUCCUCAAAUGUUUAACAAUAAUUCUUUGGUUUUAUCCAGAGCUUUGUUUUAUUUUUAAGAAGCUUAGAGUAUCCCACAUGACUUAAUCUCCUGGGCAUCUAGAGGAAGGUGUAAAGUAGGAGUUCUUAACCUGGAGUCUAUAAACUUAAAAAGAAAAACUCUCAAUAACUGUAUUUUAGUAUAAUUGGUUUCCUUUGUAAUCCUAUGUAUUUUAUUCCCAGCAUUUAAACACAUUCUUCUGAGAAGGGAUCCAAAGGCUAAUUUUUGAUUUAGGAAAGCUGAAACAAGGAAGAAGCUUUCAAUUUUUUCUCUAGCCUGAACUAAAGAGCAAUUUGAGGAAUUAGCACCAUUCUUUUCACUUCUAAACAAACUUGUGAAAGCUACCUCAUAAGCAUAUCAAUUAACAAAUUCAUUAUCAGUUUAAAGGGAGAUCUGGCUUCCAGUAUUCUUUUCUCUCUUAACUUUUCUAGGCAAAAGCUGCUCUCACCACAGGUUGUAAUUUUAUUGUUGCAAAUGACAGUUGCUACCCUUAUCAGUGUGUGCACAGGCACAUUGCAAGUUAGCCAUAGUGGAGGAAAACUAAUUUGAGUGUUGCCUUGUAGCAUAAAAACAACCCCAGCACCAGGAAGAUGUUUCCAUCUUGAUCAAGAAAAGGCUCUUCCUCCAUGCAUCAGCCUCUGCCCUGGAGAACAAGCAGGAUGGAAAUGAAAGAAGGAAACUGGUUGACACAGGAGCCGGAGUGAGACUGACGACUGUCCUUUGUGAGGCCAACACCAUGGAUUUUCAUCUCCCUUUAGUGCUCUAAGACCCUACCCAAGGGAAGAAGCAGCUCCAAGGGAGCCAUGGCUUUCUUUGCUCCAUGGAAAUUAUCCUCUCAGAAACUAGGGUUUUUCCUGGUGACUUUUGGCUUCAUUUGGGGUAUGAUGCUUUUGCAUUUUACCAUCCAGCAACGAACUCAACAUGAAAGCAGCUCAAUGCUUCGUGAACAAAUAUUGGACUUAAGCAAAAGGUAUAUCAAAGCUCUUGCAGAAGAAAAUAGGAAUGUGGUGGAUGGCCCCUAUGUUGGUGUGAUGACAGCCUAUGAUCUGAAGAAAACUCUUGCUGUCUUAUUGGACAAUAUUUUACAACGUAUUGGCAAGUUGGAAUCGAAGGUGGACAAUCUUGUAAUUAAUGGCACUGGAGCAAAUUCAACUAAUACCACCACAACUGCUGCUCCUAGUAGCAUAGCAGCAUUUGAGAAAAUUAGUGUAGCAGAUAUCAUUAAUGGAGCUCAAGAAAAAUGUGAAUUGCCUCCUAUGGAUGGCUUCCCGCACUGCGAAGGGAAAAUCAAGUGGAUGAAAGAUAUGUGGAGAACAGAUCCCUGCUACGCAAAUUAUGGUGUGGAUGGAUCCACGUGCUCUUUUUUUAUUUACCUCAGUGAGGUUGAAAAUUGGUGUCCUCAUUUACCUUGGAGAGCCAAAAAUCCCUAUGAAGAACCAGAUCAGAAUUCAAUGGCGGAAAUUCGUACGGAUUUUAAUCUACUCUAUGGAAUGAUGAAACGGCAUGAAGAAUUCCGAUGGAUGAUACUAAGGAUCCGGCGGAUGGCUGAUGCAUGGAUUGAAGCAAUUAAGUCACUGGCAGAGAAGCAAAACCUUGAAAAGAGAAAACGGAAAAAAAUUCUCGUCCACCUGGGACUUCUGACCAAGGAAUCUGGCUUCAAGAUUGCAGAGAAUGCAUUUAGUGGAGGCCCACUUGGUGAAUUAGUUCAGUGGAGUGAUUUAAUUACAUCUCUCUACUUACUGGGCCAUGACAUUAGGAUUUCAGCUUCACUGGCUGAGCUCAAGGAGAUAAUGAAGAGGGUUGUAGGUAAUAGAUCUGGCUGCCCAACUGUAGGCGAUAGGAUUGUGGAGCUCAUUUAUAUUGAUAUCGUGGGACUUGCUCAAUUUAAGAAAACUCUUGGCCCUUCCUGGGUUCAUUACCAGUGCAUGCUCCGAGUGCUGGAUUCAUUUGGUACUGAACCAGAAUUUAAUCAUGCUAAUUAUGCCCAGUCUAAAGGCCACAAGACCCCAUGGGGAAAAUGGAACCUUAAUCCUCAACAAUUUUAUACAAUGUUCCCCCACACUCCAGACAACAGCUUUUUAGGAUUUGUGGUAGAACAACACCUGAAUUCAAGUGAUAUCAAGCACAUUAAUGAAAUUAAAAGGCAAAAUCAAUCCCUUGUGUAUGGCAAAGUUGAUAGCUUCUGGAAGAAUAAGAAAGAGUACUUGGACAUCAUUCACACUUACAUGGAAGUACAUGCAACUGUCUAUGGGUCUAGCACUAACCACAUGCCCAGCUAUGUGAAGAAUCAUGGAAUCCUCAGUGGACGAGAUUUACAAUUUCUUCUCAGAGAAACUAAGUUGUUUGUUGGACUGGGGUUCCCAUAUGAAGGUCCUGCUCCCCUUGAGGCUAUUGCUAAUGGAUGCGCAUUCCUGAAUGUCAAGUUUAAUCCACCCAAAAGCAGCAAAAAUACGGACUUUUUUAUAGGCAAACCAACCCUGAGAGAGUUAACUUCUCAGCAUCCUUACGCUGAAGUUUUCAUUGGGCGACCACAUGUCUGGACCGUAAACCCAACUGAUCAUCGCGAAGUAGAGAAUGCAGUGAAAGCAAUUUUAAAUCAAAAGAUUGAACCUUAUAUGCCAUAUGAGUUCACAUGUGAAGGGAUGCUACAAAGGAUGAAUGCUUUCAUUGAGAAACAGGAUUUCUGUCAUGGGCAAGUUAUGUGGCCACCACUUAAUGCUCUUCAGGUGAAGCUUUCUGAACCUGGGAAAUCAUGCAAGCAAGUCUGCCAAGAAAACCAACUCAUCUGUGAGCCAUCUUUUUUCCAACACCUCAACAAGGACAAGGAUGUGCUGAAGUAUGAGGUGAUAUGCCACACCACAGAACUGGCCAAUGACAUCCUGGUGCCCUCAUAUGAUGACAAGAAAAAACACUGUGUGUUUCAAGGUGAUCUUUUGCUGUUCAGCUGUGCAGGAGCCCACCCCAAGCACAAGAGGAUAUGCCCUUGCAGGGACUAUAUCAAGGGCCAAGUCGCUCUCUGUCAAGACUGCCUAUAGCAGCAAAAGUCCCAGACCCCAACUGAUUUGACUGAGGAGGAACAUAGCUGGGGGGCAGGGAGGGCUAGAGCAGCCCAAGGACUGGCCUGACUGCCAGAACUCUUUGGUGUCUUAGUUUAGAUGUUGGUUUUGCUACGGGUGGAGUUAAAACAACAAAAUGGAGCUCUAAACGGCAACAAAAUAGAGACAGUGCAGUUGACUGACUUCCUCAUGGUCAGGAAUUUUUUUUAAAAAAAUCUUCAGUGAGCAACUGUGGUGAGGCUUUUCCAAAACCAUUCAGCUGCUCUUGGGUAAAAAAAAAAGAAUGAAGUUCCAUACUUCAUUUAAAAAAAAUGUUAAGACCAUCACGAAGAAUCUUGUGUGGGAAAAAUUCCUAAAUUCAUUAACUUAUUUAUUUGUGGGAGGGUUAGGGAGGGUUAGGGAAGAAGGGAAUGAAUAAUGCAUUUUUUUUCCUUCUACUGUCCAUCUUCUAGUUUCACUAAAUAGCAUUCCAAUCUAGUUUGGGAUGGAAGAGGAAGGGAAAGAAGUGCCAAGAAUUUGAUGUACAGCUGUAGUCAGGGAAACAGAUUGAGUGGAGCUGGAGCACUGAGUAGGUUCCCAAAGAACUACAAAUCAUUGAGCAGACAAAAGUCUUUGCUAUUUAAAACCAAAUGGUACACACUCCAAGGCAUCAUUCAGUUUACCUGGAUAUAUCCUUAGCAAAGGUGAGAGACAGGGCUCAGGCAACUGAAAAAAGGAUAAGUUUGUCAUUAGGAAUAGCAGAGCUUGGGAAAUGCCCCUAUGGGCCUCAAGUCUAAACCCAUCAGGCAGUACAAUUUUACUAGAAAAAGAUCUCUCUUCCCCUUCAACUCCAGCAAUCUAUCUAAACAAUGCAAGGAGUCCAUGUUGUAUGAAUAUUUAUUUUUGCUUGCCAGUUUGUUCUAUUUUCCCUUCACCUAAAGGUUACCAGAUGGAAUGAGAGAUGAGAAGAAAAACAGAAAGGAUCAGGCUGAGUAACCCACCGGAAGACUUAGAGACCUACUAGCCUCUUACUCUGAGGGAAAUAGUUGAUAUGAAAUCAUAUGGGCAGGAAUGAUGUCAUAACUUUAUGAAAGAAUAGGCUUACUCCUUCCUGACCAGAGCACAUCCUGAAGAUCUCAGGAUGGGUGACAUUUUUCCUGACGGUCUAGUAUUACAGAGGUCAGGGAGGGAAGAGACAGGACAGGCUUCUUUAGAAGGAUAAAUGGCUGUAAAUUAUUCCAUUUGAAUCUUCACUUUUGAGGGUCCUCAAAGGGCAACAUUUGGUUUUGGUUUUUUGGUACAAAAAGAGGUCUUUGUGGAUCCUUGUUGAAAAGCCAAGAAGAAAGUGUGAAUGGAUAGAACACAGAUAACUUUGCCUGUAGGCAUUCAGAAGGGCUUCACCUCCUUUAGCCCUAGGGCUCCCCUCAUCCAGUAAUUCAGACUGCCCAGACCUAUAUCUCACUGUUGGCUUUUUGAUUGGCUAAUCAACUUCCUAAAAAGUCAUCAAAUUUUCUGAAAGUGGAGUCAGACAUGGAUGGGAAGAUGAUCUGUUGUUCUCUCCUUAUCUGGAUGAAAUUAAUGGUCCCACAAAGUUCUGUAGAUUUCCAGAUGGCCAGCUGACAGGUUCUUGGCAUUGUCUAAAACCAAGGCAAGAAGGUUGCUAUUAAAUGUGUAUCUCUUGAUAGAAAAAUGAAAGAAUCCAAACUUAUACUGUCAAUCAAAGGAAAAUGGCCCCUGGGAAUAUCUCUUAUCAGAUGUUCCUUCCCUGUUUUUCAUUUCCCAUUGAAUGGGAAUAUAGGCAUUUGAAGCAAGAAAGUGGCUUUUUCUUUAUGACUAGUUCAGUUAGAAGAAACAGAUAGGACUAUCCUUGCCAAUCAGAUCUGAGAAAUACUCAGGUCACCCUGGGAGUACUUGGCUUCUGUACAGAUGUGGUCUGUAGAAUUGGGAGAGACAAGAAAGGGAAGAACCCUUGCUAAUGAGCCUCUGUGCCUACAAAGUUCGAUUUCUCUCUGCUUUGGUGAUCCCAUUCCUUUUCCUAAAUUAUACCUAACAAUGACCUCAGCUCUGCCUGGGCUGCCAAAGACCCAGAGUUUAAAGUGAGUUUGGAUCGACUUCUUCACUCUCCCUCCCCCACACAGCCUAACCCCACCAGCCCUGGUCAUGCACGGGCGGUGAUGUCUCAAGUUUAGUCCUGAGAGAUCCCCAUCAUGGGCACUUGGUGCAGGGGGGUAUCAAAUAAGUAGCCCGUUAUUUGGGACCCAAGAUUUGCCUUAGGCUGCUGCUUCUCCUCCAAGCCUUGUGGUGAGGGGUGUGCCAAGUUCAAGAGGCAUCUUGUUUAAACCCCUUGACAGCAAGGGCACAGACACGGGGACACCCCUGCACCCGUCAUCUGUCUACACUGGGGACAGGGAGUUGGGACCUGCUGCCUGCAUUGCAUGGAGAGUCCAAAAGAGGCCAGCUCUUUCCCCCAACCCCAUUGACAAGCUGACACUGCCAUCUUGUGUGCAUUGUGUUGUAGAGGCCAGGGAGCCAUCAGUGCUCUCUGCGGCCAGCAGAGGGAGUCCCCGACUUUUCAGCUCUGGCCAGGAGACAAAGCCUGGCUUGCCCAGCGCUCUGCUAGUUUCCCCGGUGCUGGAAGCCAGGGCCAUUGGAAAUUGACCGGGGGCGGGGGGGGGGGGGGGGGGGGUCUCUCUGCGUGCUUCCUCUGCAGGGCCCCUUCCUGGGGUCAGAGAUGAAUCUGGUCACUAGGAAAGCGCUGCAGCAACAAAGGCUGUUUUCUCCAACACAUUCUGCCUGUCAGAUAGCCAGCCCAAGAAAAGCCACCGCCGCUUUGGAAAUCCGGAGAUCCAGUAGUUCCAGUUCCUUGAUUUCUGAUCCCCAAGCACACACUGGAGACAGACCUAGGAGAUUUCUGGCCUCAUCUGUUGGUCACCCCGCAGGGUGUGUUCAUGAAGGACCCUGCUCUUAGAGUCUGAAGAGGCCCCGUAUUAGAGGCAUUUUGGGAAAGUCAUCUCAAUGUCUCUGUAAAAUUGGCAUUACAAUACUUGAACUACCUACCUCACAGGGUUGUUGUGAGGACUGGCUGUGGCUGUUACAGUCAAUCUGGUGGCUGCCCAGGGCAUUUUUCUCCCACCUUGGCCAUAAAAUUUGGAUCUUGUCCUUCACUAAGACCAAAGAUCCAAAGGCACAACUGUAAUCCGCUGAGUUUCAAGAGCAAUUGUAUCUGGUCAUCUGGCUGUUGAAGGAGAUGGAUGACAACUUUAGAUUAUGCCUCCCUCCCGCCUCCUUCUGGUCAGCUCUUUGGGUGGGAGAUUCAGCUGGGCUCUGAUCACACAGACCCCUCGUCCUUUUUGGGCAGGGAGUUUUCAGAUGCCUGCCUGGUAACUUUAGCCAAAUGAAGGCCUCGAUGGAAUCCUAAGCAAAUUUGUAGUCAUUGACAGUGUGUAGGGGGGUGGGGGGUGGAGGGAUGCAAUCCCCUAAGCAUAACCAAUGUUAUCCUAAGCUGUAAGCAUAGCUCUCCUAGACUUUCCUUUCUGUUUUUGUACCGUUUUGUUCCAAGUGACUUCUGGUUUUUUCCAUUGUGAUCCUAAGAUCUUAGAAAAUUUAAGAGAGAAAUUAACAUAAUUUAUUAAAGACAGUUAACAGAAAAAGUUUACCUUUGAAAGGUAAAGUGGAGAAAUAGACACUGUUUUUAAAUGCCAAUAAAAACCUCAUUUAUUUCAUAUAUGCAACUUGAUUUGCACAUCUAGGAAGAGGCUUUCUGCAUUGUUACUUAGGUUUUUUUGUUGUUGCUGCUGCCCAUAACUUGUUUCUUUCUCGAACAUGGCCUCGUGCUUAGAAACAUCAGAUUCUGUUUCAUAGGCAAUAUUUAUUGUUUAAAUCGUGUGCCUUUUCAUUUUCCUUUGGGGUUUUAUGUUGGAAGCCAGGGGCUGUUUGAAGGAGUAUAACAGAACCCCAGUUCUGCCACAUGGGUCUACCUUGUUCUAAAUGUAGAUGUGUGUAGCAUGUGUUCUCCAAAAUGCCCUUUCGGUCCCCAUGAAUGAACAAAGCAGGAAAAAGUAACAUGUGGGAAAAAGUGAUAAUCAGCUUUCCUUUGCAAAAGUCUACUCUAUGGCUUCCCUCUGUCCCAUCACGAGAGCCCUGAAUGAGAAAGUGAGAUUUACCCCUAAUUCUUAGCCUCAUGCUAGGAGGACAUAGAAGGGGCACUCACCCAGCCCUUCAGAGAUCAUGGAAUGGCCCUUAUAAAAUGACCACCAUGAGUGGAUUGGCAUUAAAAGAAGAACCACAGAUCUACUGAGAUUUUUGAAAUUUGUCUCUAGGAUAUUACGUUGUUGGCAACAUAAAGAGAAAAAGGAGAAUGUCAUGGGGGGGGGGGGGGACUGUUUUUCAAGUAUUUGAAGGACCUAAGGGGGGAUUGAUUGAUUUUUUUUUUUAAACUGUAAGUGAAGAUUUUAUCAAUACUUCAUUGAGUCCCAGAUCAAGUUUAGGAGAAUAGUUAAGAGUUAAAGGUCUAACUGAAAAUUUUGUGUUGUGUUACAAUUAUAGGCUCUUUAGAGAAGACCAACUCGAACUAUUCUCCCAGGGACUGCUAUUUCCAAAGGCCUGGCUGGUUUUCCUCAACAUUUUACCCUCUCUCAUAGUAAUAGGUUGUAUCUAAACCUGGGAGAGAAACUCUCUUGCUUUCCCCAUGGAUAAAGGGGAUCGUUUUAUUGAAAAGUUCUCAACUAUUAGAAAAUAGUUUAUUUUGUUAACGACAGGCUCCAUUGUGUAUUUUUCUUUCCUAAGCCUGGAUUAUUUUAUUUAUUAAUUAAAAGCAUAUUUAAGUUCAUUUAACAUAACCUUCUUCAAGUCCCAUCCAUCCUUAGAUGACUAUAAAGCAGCUUCAUUGGAAGAGACAGGCAAAUGGGAAUAGAUUCACAUGUAAUUUAAGAAGAGAGCAAUUUCCCAUACCUAAAAUAAACUGACUUUGAUUCUUGUUGACACCAAGGGAAAUGGAAAACCAAGUUUUUCAUGGACAAAAGGCUAUGCUCUCUCUGUGGCUCAUUCCAAAAGGCUUUAUACAGGACCAAGUGUUUCCUUAACAUUGCAGACCCUGCCACAAUGUUAAAAAGAGUAAAGGCAAAUGCACUCCAUGUAUGUUGAUCUGAAAGUGUCUAAAUGAAGAUACAAUUCUUAACUGACCCAGGAGGGGUUACCCAUCUAGACUGCCCGAAGCACCUGACCAUGCUAAUCUAAAUUCUAACUCAUGAGUUCCCCAUACUUUGUGACCUGAAACAGGUUGGCUUACUUGAAAUAUGUUGCAUAUUCGCCCUAAAGGAAAUGAAGUAUUAGGGGAUGGGUCUCUCUUACUCACAACUGGUUUUUACCACACAUAUCCUCAUCCACAAGUACCUUUAUACAAGUUUUUAAAUUUAAUUUUUAGUGUCCUCUGUCUUGUUGAAGUUAUAUCAAAUGAAAAGCACCUUUUCAAUGUUGUUUUAUUUUUGCCCCUCUGAAUUUCAAAUAAAUGAGAUUUAACUAUAUUUCAGAUAUUCAAUGUAGAGAUGAACUCUUUCUCCCUGCUGGUUGGGGGGAAUCCAUAAGUACCCAGUGUGAGCAGUCAUGUUAUCACCAUAAUUGGAUUCUAGGUUGUUCAGUCAUCUCAUUAUCUUUGCACCAAACAUAAAAGGAAUGAAGUCUCGUAGGCAGUCACUCCAGUUCCAAGGAGACUGAAUUCUAAAAAGUACUCCCCAGAUUUUGAGCAAACUUAAUAUUGGAUGUGUAUAGUUCCCAAAGAGGCCAAGAGUUGGACAAGGCUAUUAACGUUCUUUUAAAAUGAAAUCAGUUGUUAUGGAAAUAUCGGUUAAUUUUUUUUUUCUCCCUGGUUUCUAGACUUUUCCUUACCUGACACAUCUGCCUGCUAAGCCCCUUGGUGGAACAUCAAUUGGCUUAAAAAGCUGUUCCUGUUCUGUGCCCCACCCCAUACAACUGUAAUUAUAAGAUAUAAAAACACUUAAGCUAGUCACAUGUUAUAAAAACCUUUUGACUGCAUUUUGACCAAGUGGACAUUUUCGUACUCUUCUCCCCCUUUUGUGGAUCCAAAUAAAGGAAGAUGGAAUGUACUGCAUUAUCUCCCACCUCCGUCCCAGUUACUUGAACUUGUGCAGUUGGGGGAAUAGCCCUCUAUCCAUUGGAUGGGGAGUUAUGGGCAAGCGAACAAUCUCUAGAAACCAAAAGGGGAGGCACAUUUUUUAGAAGGAUUUCAGGAAAUUAAUAACUAGCAUUGCCAACUUUACCUUUGUAAAUGGUGCUUUUAGAGGAACGGGAGAAAAGAAAAAGCCAAGGAAGCCAAAAACGGCAUGGGAAGAGGCUUGCAACUGAGGCGUAAUGAGGGGGGGCCUCAGGCUAAGGGAGGGAGUCUAGCUAGGUGACAUUCUGCCAUCCAUCUCUAUGUACCUCAGAACCAACUGAUUAUCAGUCAUAAGUAGCAAACUACAGGACAGCUGGAAUCCAUGAAAUUUUUAUUUUGUUUUUAUACAGUCUGUCCAGGGAUUCAGAGCAAUGUGUUGGUGAACGGUAAAUCUGAUGCCAAAGGAUGUAACGUCCAUUCUGUCCUAGUUUGAAUUCAUAACCUUGAUACUUUUAAGCUUAGUUUAAAUAUGCAGGCUGGUGUGUUCCACUAUACUCUUCAAGCAGCUCACCGCUCACCAAAUACUGGUUACAACUAUUUCCUGGUGUUCAGUUCCUGAGGUUUAAUAGUCCGGGAUUCUCAAAAUAAGGUGUAAAUGUCUGAAUGUACUUUGCUGGCAUAGAAAGCGAUGCUUGUUUUUCACUGUUGUAGAGAAAACUUAGGGAGAACUUUAUUUUUCAAUAAACUUUUUUCUUGUGUGA